ACUCUGCCCCCGCCGCUCCCCGCCGGCCCGCGCCCGCCUCCCGCCCGCGGCCGCCCUCCCCGCCGCCCCCCGGGGUACUAUGGUCGCCGGCCAUGGACGCCCCAGGUGCAGGACGCCCCUUUGAGUACCUUAUUGAAACAUUGAAUGACAGUUCACGUAAGAAGUUCUACAAUGUACCUAGACUUGGAGGCACCAAGUAUGGUGCUCUGCCUUACUCGAUACGGGUCCUGUUGGAAGCUGCUGUGCGGAACUGUGAUGGCUUCUUGAUGAAAAAGGAGGACGUCAUGAACAUUUUAGACUGGAAGACCAAACAAAGCAGUGUCGAAGUGCCCUUUUUCCCUGCCCGUGUCCUACUUCAAGAUUUUACUGGAAUACCAGCAAUGGUGGAUUUUGCUGCUAUGAGGGAGGCAGUGAAGAUUCUUGGAGGUGACCCUAGGAGAGUCCACCCUGCCCGUCCGACAGAUCUCACAGUUGACCAUUCUUUACAGAUUGACUUCAGUAAAUGUGCAAUACAGAAUGCUCCGAAUCCUGGAGGUGGUGACCUGCAGAAAGCAGGAAAGCUCUCUCCACUCAGAGUGCAGCCUAAGAAGCUUCCCUGCAGAGGCCAGACUACCUGCCGUGGAUCCUGCGACUCUGGAGAGCCGGGCCGAAACUCAGGGAAAUUGUCUUCGCAGAUUGAGAACACGCCCAUUCUCUGUCCUUUUCAUUUGCAACCAGUGCCUGAACCUGAAACAGUGUUAAAAAACCAAGAAGUAGAAUUUGGCAGAAAUCGAGAGAGGCUUCAAUUUUUCAAGUGGAGUUCAAGAGUUUUUAAGAACGUGGCUGUAAUCCCUCCUGGAACUGGAAUGGCUCAUCAAGUAAACUUGGAGUAUUUGUCGAGAAUGGUUUUUGAAGAAGACAACCUCCUCUUCCCAGACAGUGUGGUUGGCACAGAUUCUCAUAUAACCAUGGUGAAUGGUUUGGGGAUUCUGGGGUGGGGGGUUGGAGGCAUUGAAACCGAAGCAGUAAUGCUUGGUCUGCCAGUUUCUCUCACUCUCCCGGAGGUGGUUGGAUGUGAGUUGAGCGGCUCGUCAAACCCUUUUGUCACAUCCAUAGAUGUCGUGCUUGGCAUUACAAAGCACCUCAGGCAAGUAGGAGUGGCUGGAAAGUUUGUUGAGUUUUUUGGAAGUGGAGUUUCACAGUUAUCUAUAGUGGAUCGGACCACAAUAGCAAACAUGUGUCCAGAAUAUGGUGCUAUCCUCAGCUUUUUCCCUGUUGACAAUGUGACUUUAAAACAUUUAGAACAUACAGGUUUUGACAAAGCCAAACUCAAGUCAGUGGAAACAUACCUUAAAGCUGUGAAAUUGUUUCGACAUGACCAGGAUAAUUCAGGAGAACCCACGUACUCCCAGGUGAUCCGGAUUCAUCUGAAUUCAAUAGUUCCAUCUGUCAGUGGUCCAAAGAGACCUCAGGAUAGAGUUGCUGUGACGGACAUGAAGCGUGACUUCCAAGCUUGCUUGAACGAAAAGGUGGGAUUUAAAGGGUUCCAGAUUGCCGCUGAGAAGCAGAAGGAUUACGUCUGUAUUCGUUACGAAGGAAGCGAGUACACGCUGUCUCACGGGUCUGUGGUCCUGGCCGCGGUCACCAGCUGUACCAAUAACUGUAACCCGUCUGUCAUGCUCGCCGCAGGUCUUCUGGCUAAAAAAGCCGUGGACGCUGGGCUGCAUGUGAAACCGUACAUCCGAACAAGUCUAUCUCCAGGCAGCGGGAUGGUUACACAUUACCUCAGUUCCAGCGGAGUGUUACCGUAUCUCAGUAAGCUUGGAUUCGAAAUUGUCGGCUAUGGAUGCUCAACCUGUGUGGGGAAUACAGCACCCUUGCCAGAAGCCGUUUUAAAUGCAGUAAAACAGGGCGAUUUGGUUACUUGUGGAGUUUUAUCUGGAAACAAAAAUUUUGAAGGCCGGCUUUGUGAUUGUGUUCGUGCCAAUUAUCUUGCCUCUCCACCCUUGGUGGUAGCAUACGCCAUAGCGGGCACAGUGAAUAUAGACUUCCAGACGGAGCCUCUAGGCACAGACCCUACUGGCAGGAGCAUUUACCUGCAGGACAUCUGGCCCAGCCGAGAGGAGGUUCAUCAGAUGGAGGAAGAGCGGGUUGUACUGUCCAUGUUUAAAGUUCUGAAAGAGAAGAUGGAGAUGGGAAAUAAGCGGUGGAAUUCCUUAGAAGCACCGGAUUCAGUUUUGUUUCCAUGGGACUUAAAGUCCACUUAUAUCAGAUGUCCUUCGUUUUUUGAUAAGCUUACCAAAGAGCCAGUUGCCCUGCGGCCUAUUGAGAAUGCCCACGUCCUGCUGUACCUGGGAGACUCGGUCACCACCGACCACAUAUCACCUGCGGGGAGCAUCGCCAGGAGCAGCGCUGCUGCCAAGUACUUGACAAACAGAGGCCUUACUCCUCGUGAGUUCAACUCCUAUGGGGCCCGCAGAGGCAACGAUGCCGUGAUGACCAGAGGCACGUUUGCGAACAUCAAGCUGUUUAAUAAAUUCCUUGGGAAACCAGCUCCCAAAACAAUUCAUUUCCCGUCAGGACAGACGCUAGAUGUGUUUGAGGCUGCGGAGCUGUACCAGAAGGACGGUGUCCCACUGAUUAUUUUAGCAGGAAAAAAAUACGGUUCCGGGAACUCCAGAGACUGGGCUGCCAAAGGACCGUAUCUGCUGGGCGUGAAAGCUGUUUUGGCUGAAAGUUAUGAAAAGAUUCACAAAGAUCAUUUGAUUGGAAUCGGCAUAGUUCCACUUCAGUUCCUUCCGGGAGAAAACGCAGAGUCCUUGGGCCUCUCCGGCAGAGAAACAUUUUCCUUAACGUUUCCUGAAGAGCUGUCUCCUGGACUAACGUUAAGUAUAAAGACAAGCACUGGCAAAGUAUUCAGCGUGAUUGCUGCUUUCGAAAAUGACGUGGAAGUGACGUUGUACAGACACGGAGGAUUAUUAAACUUUGUGGCACGAAAAUUCUCAUAGUAUCUACUCCACGCGGAUACCUGUCAGAACUGCUAACCGCAGGGAAGCCUUUCGGGCUGGACCAGGGAUCUUUGCUCUGGAGCUGCAGACGUCCCGCGUGCUUGGCGGUCUCACCGUGGGUGUAAAUGAUAAUGAAUCAUCAUAGUGACUGAAAUGAAAUCUUCCUGAUUUUAAAUAAUAAACGAAUGGUGCUAUUAACAUUGCUAAAAUCAACGUGUGAGGUGUGCUGUGGGAGAGGCCUAAGUCCGGGGGUAUUUUAUCGGACCAUUUUGUAAAUAAAGGCAGAAUUUGAACUCGUGUUGAAGAUUCUUACACGAAUAACCUUCCUGAGGUCGUUUUGUUCCGCGCCUGUAAAACUGUGCACUGCUGUUUGUUGGUUCAGACCAGCAGUUGGGAAGUCAGAAGCCAGGUGAGACCCCGGACUGUGGACGCUGGACUCUGAUUCGCACGUGAACUUUCUGAUACUUUCAUCCUCUGUCAGACUUGAGCUGGACAUGGUUGGCGUCCAUCGUUUGUGAUCCAGCCAGGCUUACCCUAGAGUCGGUCUAACGGGGGCGCUACGCGGCCCCGACACCCUGUGCCGUCUGGCCACGGCCCCCUCGGGUGGACGUGGAGCAGUCCGGGUGGCGCCCCGCGCUCACGUUGUUCCAUGAUUUGUUGCUGUGACGUGCUCGCCAGCCUCAGACGGUGUGACAUCAGGACAUCAGUUGGGUCAGAUCAUGUUGCUCACGUUAUGUGACACUGUUACUUCCUAGGACCUAUUAUUUUAGGUGUCAUUAACCAAAAUUCCACACUCCCUUACAGUUGCUAAAGAGAGCUCGAUCAGUAAAUGCUAAAAUGAUUUCCUCUAGGCUCUUAAAUUAUCCACCCUAAAUUAUAUGCUUGAUGCUCAACUCUAAGCAUUUUUUAAGUAUUGAUUAUUUCUUAAUUAUUUAAAAUUGAUUUCCUGUCAUUCUGAAUCCAUAUUUUACCUGGGAUGCAUGAUUCUAUUAGUUAUGUUUUUGUUUUAACCAAAGCUGACUAUCAGGAUAAAACACUUAAAUUGUUGCCACCUGGAGACUCUGCUUUCUCCAUCUGCAUGUCCCUUCACCGCAGCAAGUGUUCAGUCUAUAAGACGUUUGGUGACUUUUAAGAAAAAGUUUGGAUAAUUAAUUCCAGAAAGUCCUAUACCUUUUUUUUUAAUUAAGAACUUAAACUUAGCAGCCAAAAGGUAAAUUGUAGAGUUGGUUUUUUUCGUUUUUUUUUUUCUUCACUUGGAGAUCUUCCUCUGACCCAGUCGCCCGCGUGGCCCAGAAGGACUGUUCGCUGAAUUUCAGCUGAAACUAGCAGAGCAGGGGCUGCAGACCGCUGAGAGCUUGGCACGCUCGCACUCCCUCGCGCCCGUUGGGCAUAGUCUGCGCGUCUGUGUUUAGACAAUCACGGGGACUGCGGUCUGAGGACACGAUUUCCCUUUAUUUAAAUUUUCUAUAACAACUUCUGUGGUACCUUCUGUUGUGUUCUUGAUACGUUGUUACACCAUGUAUCUGUCCGUGCAUGUGUUUAAUUUACAUGAAAACAUGAAUUGGGUUGGGGGAGUGGACGGGUCCCAGGUGUCCCCGGACAUGAAGAGGAGGUGGCUCCGGGUGCCUCGCGGGGACGCAUCGUGCCAUCUCAGGCCACCCUGAGACCCCGUGUCCCGUGUGCCUGCCCGCUGUGCCCGCAGCCCCGCCCCGGCCACGUGCUCUGUUGGCAGAGAGGGGUCAUCUCUUGCUUUUACUGUUUUAUUUACCUCCUUUGUUGACUAUAUCUGGGUAAUUUGGUAUUUCAAAAAAAUGCACAGUAUCGUAGGAAGGGAGCAUACUAGGCACGUGAGAAGCACACGAGGGUGUGACCCGGAGGCUGACGUCAGAGGCGUUAGCGCAGCAGCAGCUUUUCAUCCCAAGAAAACGAAGCCACCUGCCCUUGCCACGUUUCCUGCCUCAGUGUCGCUGCUCCCGCCGACCCCGGGAUGAGGGAGCCAUGCCGCUGUCGGUGCCUCCUGGGGGGCUGGCAGGAGGACAGCCCGCCGGCCUGACGUUUCUCUGUGGUUGUAUGAAGACCACAGUCUCUACCUGUGGGUGUAGGGGAAGGUGCUCAGACACUGGGUGUUGACCUUAGUUUGACUUGGGGUGAUGGAGGGGGAACAGGGAGGCUCUGUUAGGCUUCCUCCCCUCCUGUGUGAUAGUGCCGAUGUUUCUAUCAAUUUUACAUAUAAUAUAUGACUAUGAAACCAUGUAUCUCAAGUAACUAUAAAUCAUUGUCUAUUAUUUAAAGCCAACAAAACAGUGUAACAGUUUUAAGUUCAAUAAUGUCAAGUAUUGUAUAAAAAUAUAUUGGAGGCAGAGUUCAGUUGACAAUUGUGUAUAUGUUAUUGAUGCUGUAAAUUAUUUUUAAUAAAGAAAAUUGUAUUAUCACACA